UUUAAGCGGGGUUGGCCUGGAAAGAUUUCAACAGGAUAGUCUUUCUUGCUCUGCCAUUCAUGAGGGAGGGGAGGGAUCCUAUUUCAGAACGAGUGAUCUUCCCAGAACUGGUUUUGCGGGGAAUAGAGACCAGUAGAGCCCUCUCUUCUUGCCCCACCUUCAAAGAACUGUGAGCUUAUGACUCUUUCUUUUCUGUGUCUCCCAAGAAUUGCAAGUGUCAGACUGCAUUGUGGUUAUUUGCUCACUGAAUGUGUCUCGCUCACUAGGCUGUGAGUCCUUGGGGUGCAAGGAUGAUGUCAUUUUUCUUGUUGACUCACCAGUGUCUUGCACCGCGCCUGGCAUAGAGCAAGCGCUCAUAAACAUUGGCUAAUGCUAAGAACAAGUCAGCAGCACCAAACGGGUGUGACUUCCUCCUUCGCAUCGGGGGGUGGCUAGGCGUUGGCCGGAUUUCUGCAAUAACCUCCAUUAUGCUGUCUUGCUCCCUGCAGAUGACGUCAGUCGCCAAGGUGUACUACAGUCAGACCACCCAGACGGAGAGCCGGCCCCUCGUGGGCCCGGUGGUCCGACGCCGCCGAGUGCUGACCAAGGACGGCCGCAGCAACGUGCGAAUGGAGCACAUCGCUGACAAGCGCUUCCUCUACCUCAAGGACCUGUGGACCACCUUCAUCGACAUGCAGUGGCGUUAUAAGCUACUGCUCUUCUCGGCAACCUUUGCAGGCACCUGGUUCCUCUUUGGUGUGGUGUGGUAUCUGGUCGCGGUGGCCCACGGGGACCUGCUGGAGCUGGGCCCCCCCGCCAAUCACACCCCCUGUGUGGUCCAGGUGCACACGCUCACCGGGGCCUUCCUCUUCUCCCUCGAAUCGCAGACCACCAUUGGCUAUGGCUUCCGCUACAUCAGUGAGGAGUGCCCACUGGCCAUCGUGCUCCUGAUCGCCCAGCUGGUGCUCACCACCAUCCUGGAGAUCUUCAUCACGGGCACCUUCCUGGCCAAGAUCGCCCGGCCCAAGAAGCGGGCGGAGACCAUCCGCUUCAGCCAGCACGCGGUUGUUGCUGCGCACGACGGGAAGCCCUGCCUCAUGAUCCGAGUUGCCAACAUGCGUAAGAGCCUCCUCAUUGGCUGCCAGGUGACAGGCAAACUGCUUCAGACCCACCAGACCAAAGAGGGCGAGAACAUCCGGCUCAACCAGGUCAAUGUGACUUUCCAAGUCGACACGGCCUCUGACAGCCCCUUCCUCAUUCUACCCCUCACGUUCUACCAUGUGGUGGAUGAGACCAGUCCCCUGAAAGACCUCCCCCUCCGCAGUGGCGAGGGUGACUUUGAGCUGGUGCUGAUCCUCAGCGGGACGGUGGAAUCCACCAGUGCCACCUGCCAGGUGCGCACUUCCUACCUGCCGGAGGAGAUCCUCUGGGGCUAUGAGUUCACACCUGCCAUCUCGCUGUCAGCCAGUGGCAAAUACAUAGCUGACUUCAGCCUUUUUGACCAAGUUGUGAAAGUGGCCCUUCCUAGUGGCCUCCGUGACAGCACUGUUCGCUACGGAGACCCCGAGAAGCUCAAGUUGGAGGAGUCCUUACGGGAGCAAGCUGAGAAGGAGGGCGCUGCCCUUAGCGUGCGCAUCAGCAACGUCUGAUGGCCUGGUGUCC